UCCGGCUUCAUGCUGCUGCAAACGGCCAGUGGAUGUUAGUAAACACAUAGUUUGUCAAAAAACGCGCUGCACAUGAAGUGAAGCUAUUUCCCGAGCAGUGUACUUCUGCACAUAACAGACUAUCGUAGCAAGUUUUCCCCGCUCUGUGCUAUCGGACGCGCGUGUUACCUUCACAGGGGUCAGUAGUUUGGACAUAACUGUGGUCAGUCAACCUCUAACUGCACAGCAAGGUCGUCCCAUGUCUUGAGAGAUCAAGGCUGGCCGAACUAUAUUUGUCUACCAUAGGAUGCACUAUGUGGCAAGUGGCUCCCUGUCCUUCGGUUCUCUGGGCCUGCUCCGUCUGUUUGGGGCAUCUUGGUCCUGGAGCCUUGCAGCAGGUCUGGGUGUUUACUUAGGAACAGGAGGCUGGCGGUACCUGUAUGUGGUUGUUCGUACGGCUAAAAGGGACAUCAAUGGUCUUUAUGUGCUGCUGAGGGUUAAACUGGCGCUAUGGCAUCAUAUCCGUCACCGAAACACCAUACCCUCCAUCUUUGCACAAACCGUGGCUCGACACCCAGACAAGCCAGCACUAGUGUAUGAAGCCACUGGGGAAACAUGGACUUUUUGCCAGUUAGAUCAGAUCUCCAAUGCUGUGGCCCAUUGGGCACUGAGCCAAGGCUGGACCUCAGGAGAUGUGGUGGCACUCUUCAUGGAGAGCCGGCCGCUCCAAGUUGCACUCUGGCUUGGCCUGGCCAAAGUAGGCGUGGAGGCUGCGCUCAUUAACUUCAACCUCCGACGGGAUUCGCUCCUGCACUGUGUGGGUGUGUCAGCAUCCCGAGGGAUGGUGUUUGGAGCAGAACUAGCAGAUGCCGUGUCUGAAGUGAGCUCCUCCUUGAGUGAGAGCAUGGUGCGGUUCAGCACAGGAGACCUCAGACCAGACCAGAUGGCUGCUCUGAAAUGUCAGCCCCUUGACUCCAUUCUGGCAUCUGCCCCUCGACACCCACCACCCACCACUCUGUCCAAGGGCUUCAAUGAUCAUUUGUUCUAUAUCUACACUUCUGGCACCACAGGACUCCCUAAAGCUGCUAUAGUGGUGCACAGUCGAUAUUACAGGAUUGCUGCUUUCGGGUACCAUUCUUUUCGUAUGCGGCCAGAUGACAUCAUCUAUGACUGUUUACCCCUCUACCACUCAGCAGGUAAUAUUAUGGGUGUGGGCCAGUGUCUGAUUCACGGUAUAACUGUGGUGGUCAAGAAGAAGUUCUCAGCAAGCCGCUUCUGGGAAGACUGUAUCAAACAUAACUGCACUGUUGUGCAGUACAUAGGCGAGAUUUGCCGCUACUUGCUGUCCCAGCCUGUGCGGCCCUCAGAGCGACAGCACCGGGUGCGUUUAGCUGUGGGGAACGGGCUGCGACCGAGCGUGUGGGAGGCUUUCAUGGAGCGCUUUGGAGUGAAACAAAUUGGCGAGUUCUAUGGUGCCACCGAGUGCAACUGCAGCAUUGCCAAUAUGGAUGGCAAGGUUGGAGCUUGUGGGUUCAACAGUCGCAUUCUGCCUAAUGUGUACCCCAUCCGACUGGUGAAAGUGAAUGAGGAAACCAUGGAACUGGUUCGAGACAAGCAGGGACUGUGUGUGCCUUGCCGACCUGGAGAGCCUGGGCUUUUGGUGGGGAGAAUUAAUCAGCAGGAUCCUCUGCGUCGGUUUGAUGGGUAUGCUAGUCAGGAUGCCACCAGGAAGAAGAUCGCCUACAAUGUAUUCAGGAAAAAUGACUCUGCAUAUCUGUCAGGUGAUGUUUUAGUUAUGGAUGAGCUUGGAUACAUGUACUUCCGGGACAGGAGUGGAGACACGUUUCGUUGGAAAGGUGAGAACGUCUCCACUACUGAAGUGGAGGGAACACUGAGCAGCCUGUUGGGACAGACUGAUGUAGCAGUGUUUGGAGUAAACGUGCCAGGUGUGGAGGGCAAAGCUGGAAUGGCUGCCAUUGCUGACACAACAGGAAGCUUUGACUGUAAUUCUUUCCUGAGAGAGGUUCAGCAAGCUCUUCCUCCAUACGCACGGCCAAUAUUUCUACGCAUCUCCCCAUGUGUAGAUACUACAGGAACAUUUAAAAUUCAGAAGACCAGAUUGCAGAAGGAAGGAUACGAUCCACGGCUCACAGCUGACCAGAUCUAUUUUCUGAACUCCAGAGCAGGCCGUUACGAGCUUGUUAACGAGGAGCUGUACAAUGCUUUUGAAGAAGGAAGGAUAUCCCUUUGAGAUGAAGAAGAGAAGGUAGUCUGAACCUACCUGAUCAUCCUCUAACCUGUGACCGUGUGAAACUUUUUUUGCAUUUACAUUCUUCAAAUUUAUAGUAUUGCAUUUGAAGAGGUUUCUUCGAUUUGGUAGCCUACUAGAAAGCACAAGCUGUUUCUUGACAAUGACAAACUGAAUAUCUGAUAUGCAAUAGAUGAGACAGUAAGAGUGAAUUGUUCUUUUAAUGUGUUAUUCUUAGUUAGUCUUAGUGCACAUGUGACAAAAAUACAUGCACACUCCCAAUUUAACUACAACGACACAACCUCUAAAGCCAACUGGAUGAAAGAUGAAACUCCACUAGGAUGUCUGGCUUUGACACUAGACCUAUACCAUUACAAACCAGCUAGUAAAAUACAUUUUGAGCCUGAACGAUGAUGAUUAGUGUACAUUAACACGAUUUUUACGACAUAAACUUUAUUAAAAUGCCUAACUCCAAAGUGACUUUUAGAAAGCUGAAAGAGUGUCUUUGUAAACAGCCACAAUAAAGUGCCUUAGAUUUUACCUCAAGCUUUACCCAUGUGUGAUAAGACAAGAUGAAUGGCCUGACACUGAUACAUGAACAAAGAUAUUUUGAAAACUAAAACAGUGUAAUUACAUGAAUCUACUGCAAUCUAAAUGAAUAAAUAAACAUUUUUACUUCAA